AUGUUUUUUAAAGCCCUUUUUCUCUCACUAUAUUUAUUUUUCUUUAUUUCUUAUGCUGAAAUAAUAUUUUGCAUAAGAAUAAAAAGGAAUAAUUUAUAUAAUUUUCAAAACAUGACAAAUUCUUUAAAUAUCAAAAAUUUAGAUGAUGUGAAGGAAAAGGUUAAAUAUGAGAAACAUACGUACUGCCUAUUACUAGAUAAAUAUAAAGUAAAUAAAAUAUUAAAAAACAAAAGAGCUAAAUUCUGGCUUUUAGAUAUUUACAAAUUUCCUUCCGUUUUAAAAUAUAAAGAAUAUAAAAAUUGUUUUCUGCAAAAUGAUCAUAAUGAUAAAAAUAAUCAUAUGCUAAAUUUUAUUUAUAAUAACUACUUGAAAAAAAGAAAUCACCAAAAUGUUAAGAAUGAAAGUGAGAAUGGGAAUUAUAAUAAUGAUCAUAAUGAUCAUCAAACGUGUAACAAUAUGAAUAUAUUUUUUUCUAAUGAAUACCUUAAAAGUCUAUCAAACUUUAAUGAAGAAGAUUUUAGACUAAUUCCGCUCAACGAUUUUUUUAAUAAAAUAUUACUUGAACUCUUUUAUAAACAAAGGGAGGAAAUCAUACAUGAUGAUGUGAUUUAUUCCAAAAAUAAUAUUAAAUCAUUGUCUCAUGUGUUUAAUGACAAUUCACCUGAACAGUACAGGCAAAAAGAGAAACAACAACAAGUUGGUAAUAUUAUCAUGUGUAAUAGCAAUUCACCUGAACAGUACAGGCAAAAAGAGAAACAGCAACAAGUUGAUAAUAUAAUAAUGUGUGAUGAGAACUUAUGUGAAACUUUGAUAAAAGACGACGAAAUAAAUGAAAAUGAUGAUAAUAAGAAUCCUUUGGAGAAUUUGUGUGAGGAUUUUAAGAAGGAUAAAGAUGACAUAGAAAAUAUAUAUAAUAUGCACAAGUUAGAAUAUAUAGAAGAAUUAUUUGAAUUGAUAAAAGAAGAGGAUAUAAAAUUUCAGAGAGUAAAAUUAGAAUUUGGUUAUGAUAAUAUGAACACAUCAGAAAUUUUGAGGAAGAUAUUUCCAUGUAUAAAUGAAAUAAUACACAAGUUUGAAAUAAUAGGUCAUAUAGCACAUUUAAAUUUUUGUGAUAAAUUAGAGUCUUGUAAAAAAAUAAUAGCUGAAAUAAUACUAGAUAAGAAUAAGAGUAUAAAAACAGUGAUAAAUAAAAAGGACAUAUUGAAUAAUACUCAUAGAACAUUUAAUAUUGAACUUUUAGCGGGUGAGAACAAUUAUGUUACUCAAUUAAAAGAGAAUAAUAUAAGAGUAAAAUUAAAUUAUGAAUUAAUAUAUUGGAAUUCAAAAUUAAAAAAGGAACGAGAUCGUAUAUAUAAUUUGGUAAAAGACAAUUCUAUAAUAAUAGAUGUUUUUGGUGGUGUUGGUAUAUUUAGUUUAUCAUUAAGUAAAAAAAGUUGUUUAUGUUUUUCUAAUGAUAUUAAUGAACAUGCAUAUAAAUAUAUGAAUAUAAAUAUUUCAAUGAAUAAAAAUAAAAAUAUAUUAACCUAUAACAUGGAUGGUCGUGAAUUUCUAGAAAAAUUAUUUAAUUUAAAAAUUUUCUCAAAAAAUAAUAACGUUUUAACAUUAUAUAUAAAUGACCAAAAUCAAAAAAAUAUAUCCCUUGAUGUUUUGAAUAGUAAAAACCAUAUUAUCACUGGAAAUGGUAAAAAUAAAAGUAAAAAUAAAAAUGAAAAUAAAAAUGAAAAUAAAAAUGAAAAUAAAAAUGAAAAUAAAAAUGAAAAUAAAAAUGAAAAUAAAAAUGAAAAUAAAAAUGAAAAUAAAAAAGAUAUUCAAAAUAAUAAUAUGUGUGAAAAAGAAAAUAAUAUAUCUGAUAGAAAAUGUCCCUACAUUCAUAAUAAUAAUAAUCAAAGAAAUAUUACAUGUGAUAAUAAUAACAAUAAUAAUAAUAUGAAUGUUAGUGGUAAUAAUAGUAUUCAUCAAUACACUGAUAUGUACGAACACAAAUUCAAAUAUCAAAAGAUAGGAGAAGAAAAUAUGGACAAUUCAAAAAAUGAAGAAAAUCAUAAAAUAGAUAUAAACUUAAACAUUUAUGAAGAUAUACACAUAUUAAUGAAUUUACCUCAAACAGCUUUGGAAUUUCUUAAUGUUUUCAAAAAAUAUAAAAAAGAAAAAAAUGAUGAACUAAGAAAUGUGUUCAUUCAUUGUUAUUAUUUUGCUAAACCUGAAUUUUUUUAUGAACAUGCAGAAAAAAAUAUAUUGCUCCACUUUAACCAACUUCCAAAGGAUAUUAAAAUUACAGAGAUAAGAAAAGUUUCACCCAGUAAAUUAAUGUAUGUUGUAGAAUUUAAUUUAAAGGAUUUAUUAUAA